UUGGGGACUGCUAGAUCCUCUGGGCCGUGGAACUGUGGGCCCUUAGAGAGUUUCGUGGCAAGCGCUGGCAGCUUUGGGACCAAACUGGAUCUCUGGUUUGGAGUUGCGGACCUCCAUCCACGGCGAAGGGCCUCCAUGACCUUGGGGCGGCCCUCUGGCCUCCCGAAACUGUGGAAAGUGCAGACCUCCGUCGUCGGUAAAACAUGGCUAAAAGCUUACGGAGUAAGUGGAAAAGGAAGAUGCGUGCUGAAAAGAGAAAAAAGAAUGCUCCAAAGGAGCUGAGCAGACUUAAAAGUAUUCUCAAACUAGACAGUGAUGUUGUCAUGAAAGAUGUUAAAGAGAUAGCAACUGUGGUAGUACCCAAACAUUACCAAGAGAAAAUGGAAUGUGAGGUGACAGAUGAAAAAGAUGACAUGAAAAUGGAGACUGAAAUUAAGAGAAACAGAAAGACUCUUCUAGAUCAACAUGGACAGUACCCAAUAUGGAUGAACCAGAGACAAAGAAAAAGGCUGAAGGCAAAGAGAGAGAAAGGAAAGGGAAAGAGCAAAGCAAAAGCAGUGAAAGCAGCAAAGGGUCUGGCAUGGUAGAGAGACUCUCAUUCUAAACUUGAAAAAGACCCCACAGGACAGUUGUUUGGCAAGAAUGUGUGCUUUGCUUUCAGCUCUCACCAAAUGAAGACUAUUUCUUUUUGUGUUUUAAGUAGGCCUUUUUCCCCUUCAAUUCAGACCCAGUGUAACUGCUCAGAUUUUUUAGAACUAAAAUAAAAUAUUUUCUGUGGUGAAUGAAAGCUGUAUUUGUAUUUUAAUUGGAUGCUGUCUUAAUAUCUAGGUAUUAUCAGACAUCAAAAUGCUGUCAAGUAAUAAUGUGGUUAUGUUUGUUCUUAAAACAUGGUAAUUAUAAUCAGUAAAGGUGAAAUAAAUUAUUACUGACAAAUUUGUAUAAACUCGGAUUUAAAGAAAGCUGUUAUAUAAGCAUAUUUAAAAAUAAAACAGUGGGGGCUGGCGCCUUCAGUGCCAACAUCCCAUAUGGAUGCCACUUCUAGUCCUGGCUACUCCACUUCCUAUCCAGCUCUCUGCUAUGGCCUGGGAAAGCAGUGGAGGAUGGCCCAAGUCCCUGCACCCACGUGGGAGGCCUGGAGGGAACUCCUGGGUCCUGCAUUCAGAUCAGCCUAGCUCUGGCCAUUGCAGCCAUUUGGGGAGUGAACCAAUGCCUCUCUCUAACUCUGCCUUUCAAAUAAAUAAAUAAAUCUUUAAAAAAAUAAAUAAAACUAUUUUAUGAAUAUU